UGCCCCUUUAAAGGGAGCUGGGAGGCAGAGGCGCCUUUCCCUGGAGAUUCCGUGGCAGUUGGGGGGCCAAGCGGAAGGCGGCCUCCCCCUGUUCCUGGGAGGGAAAAGGUCGACCCAGCAGUGUUUUGGUGCCAAGAGCUGUCCUCGGCCUCCACCUGUUGACCCGCCUGCCUGCCUGCCCACCUGCCUGCCCAGUCGGCCGUGUCCGGUCGGUCGUGCCCGCCUCCCGGUGAGAGUCUCGCGGGCCCUCCAAGAUGGCGGAAGCUCACCAGGCGGUGGCCUUCCAAUUCACCGUCACUCCGGAGGGAGUUGCCUUCCAGCUGAGUCGGGAAGCCCUCAAGCACCUCUACCUGUCACUCCUCUCCUCCUGGAAGAAGCGCUUGGCUCGCCUGAAGAACAGCAUUCGUACGGGGGUGUUUCCCGGAACCCCUUCGGGCUGGCUGGCGGUCUUCGUCACAACCGUGGGCUCCAUGUACUUCCGUGUCGACGUGUCCAUGGGGAUGAUCUUCAGGGUCCGGAGACACCUGCCCAGCAGCUGCAGCUCCUUGAGCCUCCACAGCCGGACCCUGCUGAGCACCGCCGUUUUCUCCACGGGGGUCUGGAUUUCCGGCAUCCUGCUUUGCCGUCAGACGCUCAAGAUGCUGCUCUCCUACCACGGCUGGAUGUUUGAGCCCCACGGCAAGAUGAGCCGCAGCACCAAAAUCUGGGUGGCCCUGGUGAAGCUGAUGUCCGGCCGCCACCCGCUGCUGUACAGCUUCCAGACCUCCCUGCCCAAGCUGCCGGUGCCUCCUGUGUCGGACACGAUCCAGCGGUAUCUCGAGUCUGUCCGCCCGCUGCUGGAUGAUGAGCGAUACGACCAGAUGGAGUCCCUGGCGGUGGAGUUUCAGUACCAGACCGCUCCUCGGCUCCAGAAGUACCUGGUGCUCAAGUCCUGGUGGGCCACAAACUACGUGAGCGACUGGUGGGAGGAAUACAUCUACCUGAGGGGAAGAGACCCCAUCAUGGUCAACAGCAACUACUAUGUCAUGGAUUUCCUGUAUGCCAUCCCCACCACCCUCCAGCCAGCCCGAGCAGGCAAUGCCGUCCACUCCAUCCUGUUGUAUCGGCGCCGGCUGGACCGUGAGGAGCAUGCCCCGGUGAUGGCGCUUGGCGUGGUGCCCAUGUGCUCCUACCAGAUGGAGAGGAUGUUUAACACAACGCGCAUCCCUGGCAAGGAGGCAGACUCUCUCCUCCACCUGUCGGACAGCAAGCACCUGGCGGUGUACCACAAGGGCCGCUUCUACAAGGUGUGGCUCUACCACGCCGGGCAGCUGCUGUCGCCUCGUGACCUGGAGUUGCAGUUUCAGCGCAUCCUGGACGACCCUUCGCCGCCACAGCCUGGAGAGCUGAAGCUGGCCGCCCUGACCGCUGGGGAGAGGCGCCCCUGGGCCGAAGCCCGUGCAGCGUAUUUCAGCCAAGGGAGGAACAAGGCCUCGCUGGACUGCAUCGAGCGGGCCGCCUUCUUCUUGACCCUGGACGAGGAGGCCCACGGCUUGGACCAAGGCCAGGAGGACAGCCUGGACCUGUAUGCCAAGAGCCUCCUGCACGGCCACUGCUAUGACCGGUGGUUUGAUAAGUCCUUCUCGCUGGUGGUGUAUCGCAAUGGCAAACUGGGGGCCAACGCCGAGCACUCGUGGGCCGAUGCCCCCAUCAUUGGGCACCUCUGGGAGUUCAUGCUGGCCACGGACCACUUCCAGUUGGGGUACUGUAGCGACGGGCACUGCCAUGGGGUGCCCAACACAGCCCUGCCUCCACCACAGCGCUUGGCGUGGGACAUCAAUGAGGAGUGCUGGCAGGCGAUCGAGGCAUCCUACGGCGUGGCCAAGGCUCUUGCGGACGACGUGGAUUUCUGCUGCUUCCGAUUCACCGAAUUUGGCAAAGGGCGCAUCAAGAAAUGCCGGACCAGCCCCGACAGCUUCAUCCAGAUUGCCCUGCAGCUGGCGCACUUCCGGGACAAAGGGUGCUUCUGCCUCACCUACGAAGCGUCCAUGACGCGGCUGUUCCGGGAAGGCAGGACAGAGACGGUGCGAUCCUGCACCAGCGAGUCGACGGCCUUUGUGCGCAGCAUGAUGAACCCCAACUGUAGUCCCUCGGAGUGCCUGCAGCUGUUCAAAGUGGCCGCCGAGAAGCACCAGCACAUGUACCGGCUGGCCAUGACUGGCUCCGGCAUUGACCGGCACCUCUUCUGCCUCUACGUGGUCUCCCGCUACCUGGGAGUUGACUCGCCCUUCCUUGCCAAGGUGCUUUCUGAGCCCUGGCGCCUCUCCACCAGCCAGACACCCCAGCAGCAGAUCAAAAUGUUCGACCUGGAGGUUAAUCCAGAAUGUGCGUCCAGCGGCGGGGGCUUUGGCCCGGUGGCCGACGAUGGCUACGGGGUCUCCUACAUCAUCGCUGGUGAGAACCUGAUCACUUUCCACAUCUCCAGCAAGUUCUCCAGCCCAGAAACGGAUUCCAGGCGUUUUGGGAAGAACAUCCACCAGGCCCUGCUGGACAUUGCCGCCUUGUUCUGUGUACCGCCCAGAAAAAUGGCCAACUGAAUUUCGACCGGGCUGCCUGUGAGGACGGGAGAAGGGACCCUCCGCCGCGAGCCCACCAGGAUGCCAGCCAGAAGGAAGCCACGUCCUGGCGGUCGGGCUGGCCCCUUCUCCUGGCAGAUCAUGUGGGGAGAUGUUUCAGGGCCUGUGCAAACACAAACACACCCAUCCCUGUCUAGCGGUGGCUUUUGGUGCCAGCACGCCCAGCCCAGCCCAGCCCGGCC